UCUCUAAAAUUUGAAUGUUUCCUUCAUCAGGAGUUCAAGGUGUUCCUUCUGUGUUUUGCGGUUCUUGUUGUUGCCACAUCUGCAGCAUCUGUAUGUAAAUGUGAAGACAAAAAGGUACAAUUUAAAGUUGUGUCCUUUGAUUGGAGUACUUAAAGAUAACUGUUAUACAUUUACCGGCUUUCAGUUUACGCCAGUUAUUCCUCGUGUAGUCCGCAUUUUGUGGAACUCUCCGUAAAAAUGUCGAGACAUUAGGUACAAAAAAGGAGGGAAAAGUUAUUAGUCAAUGUGAAAAAUUAUACAAAUUCAAGAAACUUUCAAUUGGUUUUGUACAAUCAAAGGCCAACUGAUGUCUCUCUUAUGUUGCAGCAAAGUGUGUCCAAAUACAAGGUAAAAAUAAAGGAUGGAGAUAAAGAAUUUGAAGAAGAAAUUGAAAUCGACACUAAGGAACAAACAGAAACCUAUCGCAUUCCAAAGACAGAUUCUGGGAACGCGGGAGAAGUCGAUGUUGUUUACGACUUUAAGAAGGUAAAAUACUUUGUUCAAAGCAAAGUGGGUGUGAAAUUUUAGUGAUUUUGAUCGAAAGUUUUCUCAACUCGAUUAAUUAUUCGCAUAAUUGUUUGCGUACUCUCUCGCUCAGCCAACUAUCUGUCUAUAUCGGUAUUGUAAUCUGACUUUACACCUGUUCGUUUUAUUCAUUGUUUCCCUUAAACUUUAUUGUGAAUCAUGAUAUCACAACAACAUUGCUUAUGUUUUCCUUUCGUUGUAGAAUUUGACCAUGCAACGACUGUCGGCUGCAAAAGCCUGUUUUCUGAGUAAAUUCACUGAAAAUAUGCCCAAGCCUAGUGACCUCGUCAAGUUACUUGACCAGGUAAUUCAAGUGAGAUUCUUUUUCAUUGGGAUAUUUACGUUCCUACCGUGUUUUAAUAGGAAAUAGAAUUGAAGUUUAAGGUGGUAAAUUUGACUGUCGUUAUGAAAAUGCAUUAUGAUUUUUUCAACUAGUAUUGAAAAUAUUUCGACAAGCUUGUGUUAAUCCCCACUUAAUGAGCUUAGCAACCCUGGAAAAUAGGAAAAACCUAUUACUGGGGUCAGAGACUUCUUUUUUUCGUAAACUUGUUUGAUGGCCAGGAAGUCCUAACCCCUUAUCAGGGAGCUUAAGCAACGACGACGGCGACGUCAAAGAGAACGGCAAUAACGCAAUACGUUUAGAUUGGCAAAACAACAACUUUGCACGUGCAUCAUGCUUUUUUGUACAUUUCUUUGCCGUCGUUGCAUGACUACAACGUGAAAGUGCCUAAUUUCACGUUUUGUCGAGGACGGGAACACGAGACAACAACUUUCCUUUUCUUUUCCUAAACUUUGAUACAGUCCUUUACAAUUCAACUCCAAAAAAAUCUGCCAAAAUCUGACGAAUUAAACGAGAUGGAAUAAGCGCGAUAAAGUUUGAGGCAGCGCAAAUUCACUUUUUAAGUGACGUUUUCGUAGCCGUCGCCGUCGUCGUUGCUUAAGCUCCCUAUCAACUUUACUAGGGUAGACUUCUUUUUUUUUUCAUAAACUUCUUGGAUGGCCGGGAAUUGAAGUCCUACCCCCUUACCAACUUUCCCCCUUAUUAAGUUUCUGAGUUUUUGAGUUGCAGGUAUUUUUCUCAAAAAUAAGGGCUUUUUAAUACAGGCGAUUAAACAUUCGAAAGUAGGCCAGGGUAGGUUAAUGUUUACAGUGGAGCUUUUUAGUAUACACUGAUCUUCUUCUUUGCGUGAAGGUUACUAAAGGCAUCAGUUAGGUUUAUGUUAUUCUUGUUACUCUUUACAGAAGAGCGCCACAACGACAAUCGCCAAAAAUGAGACGAACAGUGAAUACGAAGUCGUUUCGACUGUCACUGACCGCUCGGACCUGAGUGAUGAAAUGGCUUCUCUGUGUGCCAAGCUGCCCAUUUAUCGCGUCAAAAAGACAACGCCGUUGACCCUAAGUGUUAAACGUAAGUGUUCCACUUUAUUAGCUAGUGUAAUG